AUGCAGUUUUACACCACCGGUAAAACGCAAAAACAGAACCAGAAAAGAGUUGAAAAGUUUUUGGAGGAUUACAGAGCUAUCAGGCCAACAAGAUAUGGCUUUGCUGAUAUCAAGAAAAUCACUAAUCACUUUAGUGAGAGACUGGGAGAAGGAGGUUAUGGAAUUGUGUACAAAGGGAAGCUUUCCAGUGAAAUUCACGUCGCAGUCAAAGUGCUGAAUGAUUCAAAGGGGAACGGAGAGGAGUUCAUCAAUGAAGUCGGGAUAAUAGGAAAGAUUCACCAUGUUAACGUGGUUCGUUUGGUUGGCUUCUGCGCCGAUGGAUUUAGACGAGCACUGGUGUACGAGUACUUGCCAAAUGAAUCCUUGGAGAAAUACAUAUUUUCAACAGGUGGCUCUAAGAAUGUUGCCCUGGGUUGGAAGAAGAUUCAAGAAAUAGCUCUUGGUAUAGCUAAAGGGAUCGAGUAUCUUCAUCAAGGUUGUGACCAGCAAAUCCUUCAUUUCGACAUUAAACCCAGCAACAUCCUGCUAGAUCACAACAUGAAUCCCAAGAUUUGUGAUUUUGGACUCGCAAAACUGUGCUCCAAAGAGAAAAGUGCUGUCACCAUGACGGCUGCCAGGGGAACCAUGGGUUACAUUGCACCAGAAGUGGUGUCAAGGAAUUUUGGCAAAGUGUCUCACAAGUCCGACGUUUAUAGCUUUGGCAUGUUGCUUCUGGAAAUGGUUGGGAGAAGGAAGAAUUUCAAUGCUAAAGAGGGAACUGACACUAGCCAGCAGGAGCAGGAGGGUAGUUUUCCAGAAUGGGUGUACAACCACUUGAACAGAGGAGGAGAGCUGCAAAUCCGUAUCGAGGAGGAUGAUGAUGAAGCAAUCGCGAAAAAACUAGCGAUCAUAGCUCUAUGGUGCAUCCAGUGGCAACCUGUGGAUCGACCAUCAAUGAAAGCGGUGGUUCAAAUGCUGGAAAGAGAGGGAGAUGACUUGGUGCUGCCCUCUAGCCCUUUUGCAGGCUCUCAAAUGUGA